AGAUCCGCGGAUCGACCAAUCGGAACGGGAAGAGGGCGGGGCCGGCGGGGAGAGCUGUCCAAUGAGAGCGUGGCAUCCUGGAGACUCCGCCUCCGUCCGACCCCGCGGGGAGGAGGCGGAGCCUGGCGGGGCAGUGGGGUCGCGCGCGCGGGGCGACUUCGGUUCCACUUUGUGAUGUCUUCCCCUGAAAUUGCUUCCCUUUCUUGGGGUCAGAUGAAGGUGAAAGGCUGCUCUACAACAUAUAAGGACUGCAAAGUAUGGCCGGGAGGAAGCCGGACGUGGGAUUGGCGAGAAACCGGGACUAAUCAUUCUCCAGGAGUGCAGCCAGCUGACCUUGAAGAAGUCGUCAAGAAGGGUGUUAAAACUGUGGUGAUUGGUCGUGGCAUGAGUGAGGCUUUGCAGGUUCCAGCAUCCACUGUGGACUAUCUGAAGAAGAACGGGAUUGACGUGCUGGUGCUGCAAACGGAGAAGGCUGUGGCGGAGUACAAUGCCCUGGCUGCUCAGGGUGUCAGAGUGGGCGGGGUCUUCCAUUCCACCUGCUGAAGCGCAGCCCAUUCCGCCUUCCCGGCCCGCGGCCAAAUCACGGACACACCUCUGCUGGAUCAAAUUGCACUCAGCGGAGUGUGAACUUACGUGCCAAGGCAUUUGUGCACUGACCAUCGAAAAUCCAAAGACAGUUUAUUAGUUCAGGAUUUAAACAGAUCGAGGGCUCACAAUAGGCGGGGCUGUUAAUGUAUUUAAAUAGUUUAAUUACAGAAUAAUUUCCAUGUAUUGUUGAGAUUGACCUAAUUUUCCUCUGAAGGCCGUCCAUAGUCUCGUUACUUAACUUUUCACCUGUUCACUAAAUCAGGAAAUUAUGUUUUGAAUACUUUUAUUACAUUACUGACUACUGGAAUGCAGCCAUAAACUAGCUGAUGAGCAUAAUCAAAUGGUAGAUAUGAAGUGGUGGUAAAGAAGCACUUUACCACCACUGGAUAAAUAAGUUAAAAAUAAAAUAAAUUUAAAAGCAAACCCAGAGCAUAGAACUUUACCUCCUGCAGGUGACCUCAGUCAGGGUAUUUGCCAAUUUAUGAACAUCACAUAAUAGAGCACUUAUAAAUUUUUCAUUGAGCCUGAAAAAGGGGAAAAAUGUCAGCAGGGUAUAACCAUGAAACCUGGGCCUUAAAGAAUUUUCUUAUUAAUUGCCAGUUUUGAGGAUUGAGCUGUCUAAUACAUAUCUAUUCAGAAGUUCUUACACACUUAAAAUAAUCAAAAACGUGUGUUACAAAACUAGAGUUUGCAGCAUAAAACAUUGAUAUUUAGGAAAUCAGUCUGAAUUGUGCUAGCAAUGUACUGCUGGCAAGAUGGGGAUGCAUGUGAGACUUGUUACUGGUCAUCUUUAUCUGAUGAUUUAAAUGUUGUGCCAACAAACAUUAUUGCACUGAAGAUUCAAACAGUUCUCUUGGUUGCUGUUCUUGGUGGGCUUUAUCAAUAUUGCCAGUUACAAGUUCUGUCUAUUGCCAGUUACAAAUCUACCUCCUAUAGAUGUUUUUUCCCACCAGGCUCACCAUUUCUUGUUCUGUGCAUAUUAAUUCUGUGUGUAUUAAUGAAAGUACCAAGACAAAGCUGUAAAAGCCCUGAGGCACUUGGAGCUAUCCAAGCAGUAGUAGAGAGGCUUAGAUUGAUAGGAGAGCACAAUAACUUUCCCAAGAUGCACAAAAUACUAUGUUCUUUUUCUGCUAUUUGCUCUAGUAAUAAUUUAGAACUUGUAUCUGAUAAAAUACAAAGUGAUGUAAAAGCAAAGGGAAAGUGAGUACUUGAAAGUUUUAUCUUGCAGUCUCCUAAUGACAGCAGUGUUUUCUGUUAGUGUAUCUACAUUUGAGGCAAAAUCUUACAUAACCCAGCAAGAACUGCCUUUCCAGCUGCAUCUGUGUUGUCUGACACAGCAGCUGGUAUAAUGCUCACUGUAGCUGCUGUGACAUUUUUCUGCACAACUUGCCUGGUGUGAAGAAGGUGAACUACUGACUCAGAAGACUGUGGUCAUCCCAAGGGAAUGCCAGAACGAGUUCUUACCAGCCCACAGAGUGUGGAGACUUUUUGCACUAAAUGUUAUCUGAUAGUGAAGGUGGUUUGACUCUCUUGAUCGGGGUCAUGUAUUUGUGUUAUUUUGUGAGCUUCUGGGCCUUAAGGCAGCCUCAAAUGGCAAAAGGCUUUGUAAUGCUUUGGCUGAGAAAACACUGCAGUACUUAAAAAAAUGGAACCAUGCGCAUUACACUGUUAGGAGAAGUUGAGCAAACACCUUAUCUUUCUCUUCCAGGUCUGUUUUCCACUUUUUUUUUUUUUUUUUUUUGGUAACACAUUUUCAUGUUAAUGUGGCACAUUAUUGGUGAUGCCACAUUCACCAAAGCUGCCUAGCUCAGGUCCUGCAUUUGAGACAAAUACUGUGGGCUCCUCACCCUGCUGCUGCCACAUGAUCUGUCCUCCCAAAAGGCACGCAGGGAGCAGAGCCCAUUUUGCAUUGCCAGCUGACUGAGGUGUACCCUACCCAGCUUUGUGCUGCAGCCUCUUAAUUCUUCCCUUCAUUUGGCAACUGGUAGGAUGCAGAAGAUUCCACUUCCAAAACAGGGUGCUGCAGUGUGCAAAGAAAUGGAUUUAUUUUUUUAAAGAUAAACUGCUAAGUUUCCCCAUCACCAGAACAAAAUUUUGGUGUCAACAAGGAGAUUAUUUGCUGCAAGUUUUUCCAUCCAUGUCUUCUCUUGCUGCUCUCGUCACAGCUUCCUGAGUCAGCACUGUCAGUUCCCACAAUAGCAUCUGUUCCACUUGGGCUGCUCCAGUCACUGAAAGCCCGAUUUCCUUCUUGGUGCCUGAAAUUGCUUUGCUAGAUGGUGGAAGCAGCUGGGAUUGAUUCAUCAAAAAAUUCCAGCAGAGCUCAAACUGCUAUCUUUGUUAGAUUGCUGCUUUCAGCUAGAGCCAUAAAUAAUUUGUUAAAAUUACGGGCUCAUAGCCCAAAUCAUGGGAAUGCACUUUUAUAGGGCAGGAUUUCUCACAUACACCACUGCUCUGCCUCCCACCAGGAAAACGAUCUCCCAGUAGGCAGUGAACUCCCACCCUGACACUGAAAUUAAAGCCGAGCUGCGGCUGGGCUGGGAGCCAGGAAGAUUCCACCCCAGCUGCUCUGCCGCCGAGUGGGUCAGUCCCCAGCCUUUAUCUUUGUGAAGCAGCAUGUGUGAGCUGGCAGCCCGCAGAAACAGGCCAUAAAAGGCUCACAGACACCAAAUGCAACACGACCAGCAUUUUUAAGGGACAUUGGGUAGCAUUUGUGCAAAGCCUGGCAUCCACAAGCCUUAAAACUUUAUAUUUUCAAGUCCCACUGAUACUGCAUUAGCAAACUGUAAAGUAAAAAGACAGCCUUUUCUGCAUUCCCAAUGCCUGUUACUAAGAAUAAAAUGGAAGAUGCCAGUGAAAUAAGAUUUUAAAAAUGAUUAUAACUUAGACAGGAUUCCAAAGGAAAUAAUCUCUGUGGACUUGAACCCAAGAUGAUGACCAGUACAGCAUGGUGGAAAGUGCAAGUCUGAUGAGAAGCAGCUGAGAGAGCUGGAAGUGUUUAGCCUGAAGGAGGCUCAGGAGGGACCUUAUCACUCUCAACAACUGCCUGAGAGGAGAUUGUUGCCAGUUGGGUGUCAGUAAGAAGUGACAGAACAAGAAGAAACAGCCUUAAGUUGCACCAGAGGAGGUUCAAAUAGGAUAUUAGGAAAAAAUAUCUUUCCCAAAAGUGUUGUCAGGCUUUGGAACGGGCUACCCAGGCAAGUGGUGGAGUCAUCAUCCCUGGCAGUGUUCAAAAGGUGUGUGGAUGUGGCACCUGGGGCCACAGCUUAGUGUGGGUGUGGAAGUGCUGGGUUUAUGGUUGGACUCCAUGGUCUUAGAGGUUUUUUCCAACCUAAAUGAUUCAGUGAUGUCAUGCAGUCCUGAUUUAAAUGCAUACCCUGUUUAUUCAUCUUCCCAGGAAUUUGCUUUGUACUUUUUGCAGUGAGUGUCCCUGCCCAUUUACUUUUUUUGGUCCUUUUUAAAAUGAGAUAGGCGAAAGCCACACCACGUGUGAUUUAAUGUCUCAUAAGCUUCAACUUUGUUCCCAAUACACUUAUGCAUUGUUUUAUGA